AUGUAUGAUGGGGCAGGGGGGACUUAUGAUUCGGGAGAACAGAAGAAGCAAUGGUCACGCCUGCUAGAACGCCGUUUGUCCUGGGAAGUCAGAAAAGGCAUAGCAACAGAGGCUGAAGCUAUGGGUUGGUUGAUUGCUCCAAAUUCUCAGGCUACCAGGGAUAACCUGGACUGGGUUACACAAGUGGACUCACACAGCUGUGGUCCUCUAGCAUGUGCCGCUGCAUGUCUUCUUCUCCAGGGAAUCAGACCGACUGCUUCUGUGCUUGGGGUGAAAUCAUCAACUCUGGCUAGAGGUGAGAGUAGAAAACUACGAACAAGUGUGCUUCAACUGGUGCUUGCAAUGGCUGCACGGGAUCCAGCAAAUGAGUCUAUAUUCAGUCCGAAAGUGAAAAAAUUGAUGGACAAGUCUGUACCUUCCAUGACUUACUACAUAGAUCGCCUGUAG